AUGAUAAUGAUUGUUUACGAAAAAACUAAUCUGAUUAUGAAAAACAAUACAAAAUGAAACUACUCAUUCGAAGUAUAAAUUCAAAAGUAAUAAUAUUAUUACAUCUAUUGAUUUAAGGGUCAUGUUCCGGUUAUGAAAUGUUUGCCAAUUUUUCUGUUGGAUCAGUUGGUACUGGAUAUGUUUUUUGGUGAUUCACCUUACCAUUUAUAUUUAUCAUUGCAUCAAAACAUUAUUAUUUCGGCUGCGUUGUUUAAAUAAAUUGUAUGUGAUAAUAUAUGUGGAUUUACUUCUCAAAUUUGUAUUUGAUAUAAAACGAUUCUUUACCUGUAAUGUCUUCUUCUGGAGAAUUUAAAAUACCGGAAGGCCCUCAGAGAAUGGCCACCAUGGAUUCUGAAGAUGAGGAAUCUUUUGUUGUUCUUGGCCAAUCAUUAAUGCCAGAUAUAGAUUUAUCUUUCAAAAACUUGUCAAUUGGAAGUGUAGAGAUUGGACCUAUUGAAGAGGGAAGGAAAUUGUUAAACAUGGAUUUAUCACAGUUGGGAGCUUCUGGCAUCAUUAAAGGACCUGAUAUAACACAGAUGAGUAGAUCACAGGACCCUGCCAUAAGUAUGCAUUCUAUAUCCAGCACCUUAUCCCCAACAGUUAUACAAGAAAAAAUUGAAAUGCUUAUUGACGAAAAUGUUAAACUUCGUGAUAUUAUCACUAAAAAUAAUGAAGCAAUGGAAGCACAACACGAAAAAAUUUUAGCAUGGAAAGAAGAAGUUCAUAUAACUCAUAAAUUACAUAAAGAUAAAUUUGAACAGGCCAAAAAUUGUAUUAGUUCUUUGGUGCACGAGAAGGAACACUUGAUCAGUGAACUUGAAAAGAAUAAAGAAAUUAGGAGGUUACAGGAAGUAGAAUUGUUUCAAAUGAAAGACGAACUGAAAAAUAAAAUUAAACAGUUGAACGUUGAAGAUAUUCAAGGCUCAACAUCAACCAGUGAUAAAGAAAAAAGUCUUCUUGAAAUAGAGAAUUUAAAGAAAGAAUUAAAUGAAGUUAUGAAAAAAAAGGCUGAGACUGACAAUUUUUUGAAGAUAGUUUAUGCUCAGAAGGAUGAUUUGAAAAAGAAAAAAGACAAUUUGGAAAUCCAAAAAAAUAAUAUUAUUCUUAAUCUUGAGCAAGAGUUGAAGAAUAAAGAAACUAUGAUUGAAGAGAUGAAGACUGAGUUGAAAGAUAAAGAAGAAUCUUCAAAGAAGAAAAUUGAAGAACUCUCCUCAGAAAUAAAUUAUAUAAAAUCACAAGCAAGUGCAAGCGUGAAUUUGAAAGAAGACUUGGAAAAUGCACGUAAACAGUUGAUGACCUCCCAGGAAAGCAUCACUCGUUUACUGCAGACCAAUAGCGUCUUAGAGGCUCAAGUUACGGCAGAAACGGAAAAAGUGAGAGAAUUGAAGAAACUGGAAGUUAUGAAGGAUGGCUAUGUCGCUCUUCAACAUCAGCUCGAGAUCUACAAAGCCGAUUUCGAAGAGGAAAAACGCUUGAAAGAGAACUAUAAGGCCGAGAACAGGCAACUUGCCAGUGAUUUUCAACAGGUGCAAAAACGUAACGGGGAGCUGCAGAAUGAAUUAGAAAUCUUGAAAGAGCACGGUUGGGAAUACGUUAAAACAACCCGAAGAACUUCGAGUACUUCUAGUGCAUCUGCAGAGUCUCCUCCACCCCGUUCAACAUAUGAAUGCCCAAUUUGUUUUCUCAAGUUCAGAACUUUAAAAUUUUUGGAGGACCAUGUUUCAACUUGUAAUCCCGAACCGUCUUGGUUGUAAAUUUCUGAUCCGAUAUAACUGUCCAAUCUGUAAGUUUGGAUUUUUAACGUAUCAGGCUCUUGAAAAUCACGUAGAGAGGUGUAUGGAUUUGAGCUCGUCGUUGCCAUAAAUCUGGCUUUUCCUAUAUUUUAUCCUUUAUAGAAUUGAAUCCUUCAGUUAUAGUAAACCUAAUGUGAAGAUUAGUUUUGUUAGAAGGUUUAGAAAUUUAGUUAAUCAGACUAACUAUUGUCCUAACUUGCAGAUUUUUAGUUUUUACGAAAUGUCAACCUGUUUGGCAAAAAGUAAGUCCAUUAGACCAAUAAAUUUUGAAUUUUUCUUGUCUAUAUGAAUUGGUGAUAUUUGAGUGAUAAUAAAUGUAUUUUUGAAAUGUAGUAAUUGUAGAUAGAAAUAUGGUAUGUAAACUUUUAUUGAAUUAAAUUUUUUUUUCCGAUUGAA